GAUAGAGGGGAGGCAGCUGAGCAACUGCCAUGGCCACGACACAGAGCAUGAACACGAUGAGCUCUCCUCCAUCUCCCUCUCUUUUAUUUAGAUUUUAGACACAAACUUAAUUAGUAGCUUCUCCUCUAGCUAAUUCCCUCCAAAUUAUGGUUGGUAGGAGAUGGAUGAGUUCUUGAUCCUUUUAAUUAUUGCUCCAAAUGGAAGGUUUCCACAUACACCAAAGAAAUUAUAUUUAGCUUCUGAAUCUUGCAGUGGUAACUUGCAGCAGUUUAGGUAGGUAGCAGGUAGCUAGGCAGGUGGUGUGCUGUUGUUGCUUCGAUCUGCCGGCGGCGAUCGCGUGCGUAGGUUGAUGCAUGGUGCUCAUGGCCGGGAUGAUUCCUGGAGUGGAGUGCGCGCGGCGGCGGCGGCUCGGCCGCCAGGGCGGGUCGUCGUCGUCGGCGGCCGGGGAGGCGGCGAGCGGGACGCGGCGGCCGUCCCUGUGCCUGUACGCCGGCGGCCACGACCGCGCCCUUCUUGGCUCCUCCUCCUCCUCCUCAAAGCAGAGGAGCGGCGGCUGCGAGGAGGCGGCGGCGCGGGCGCGGCACGGGUGGACGCUGGACAGCAACGCGCGGGAGGCGAAGGAGAGGCUGGACCAGAAGCUGCGGGCCGCCGCCGCCGUCGUCAAGAGGCCUAACAGCGCGGGGAAAUUACCGCAGGCGGGAACGAGCGGCGGCGCCGGCGGCGGCGGUGAUGGCGAGCAGCCGGGUUCUACUACUACUACGGCGGCGGCGAGCGCGCCGCAGCGGGAGGUGUACACGAGGAAGGGAGGAGGCUGGCCGCGGCGGCGGCUGCGGUGGUUCAGGCUGGGGUGGAGAGCGGCGGCACCGGAGGAGGAGGAGGAGGAGGAGUGCGCGGUGUGCCUGGAGGAGCUUCGGGCCGGCGAGGCGGUGGCGCACCUCCCCUGCGCGCACCGCUUCCACUGGGGCUGCGCCGUGCCGUGGGUCCAGGCCGCCUCCCGCUGCCCCGUCUGCCGCGCCGCCGUCCACCUCAACCUCACCGGCGGCAACUAAACUCGCUGCUAGCUCCGGUUAGCCGUAGGCCAUAGCUCCGAUCGCUUGCAUGCAUGGCUGGCCUCAGUGCGCAGUACUGUCUGCACUAUCUCAUCGUCAUGAGGAGUGACCUCCAAAUUUGAUUGCAUCGAUUCUUGGUCUCACAUCUUUUCAUAAAACUGACCAAACUCAUGUAUCUCCAUAUAAUUUUAGCGAGCGGAAAAAGAAAAAACUUUACAGUGUCCCUUAUUAAUAGAAAUGUAAUAUUGGCAAGUAAAUAGAUAAAUGAUAUUAAAGCAAAACUUUCUAAAUUCUUGGACCGAAAAUGGGUAAGUACAACGGAGAGUAGUAUUAUAUGUUGCUGGCCCUGUGUCUCCGACUAGAAGUAUUUUUUAGAUGUUUAGGGA